AGGCUGCACAGGAAGGUGAAGACUGGUCCCAGAUCAGCGCUGCUGGAGAGUGUUUACGGACUUGGACCCGCCCCAUCACGUCAGAAGACCCGCUGAAAUUCAAAGUUGGAGGAGGAGGAGACUGGAGGUUUCUGUGUGUUUAUGUACAGUCUGUGGUCAGAACAAGAAGACCUCUCUCCUCGUCAGGCGGACCUCUCCCACAUCUCCUCAGAUCAGUAUGGAAGCUGGCGAGGAAAACAACGCAAGCAUGAAGAGACAGAGAACACCUCUGUCAGAUUCUGAAGAAAAUGUCUUCUCACCCUCAGAUUUGAAUGAUGGCCAGAAGCGGCGGCGUCUGGACGCAGCAGGUCAAGAGAACCGGAGCCCUAAACCAUCCAGCUCUGGACGACUAGCUGAGCUAGGGAUAAAGGCUGAUACACCGAUGGUUCCCUCAGUGCAGUCCCGAGUCCACCAGCUCACCCACAGAAGAGAGGAAGCUCCAACGGCCCAGAGGUGCUUCUCGGAUCCUGGGGCUGACAGCCCAGCAGCCAACAUCCAUGACAAGGGCUUCAGGGAGCAUCUCCUUGGUGAGGGAGAGUUCAGUCAGCGAAUGGGGCGGUUUAAAGUGCCUGUUCUCCAGACUGGCCUCACACCGAGCCCUUCCAGCCUUUGCUCUCGAACCCGAUCCAACUUAGUAUCUGACAUCCAUGAGAAACUCCAGGGCACGACGACACCCAGCUCCAAGCAGGCCUCUCGCAUUCGCCAGGAACGGGAUCAGGAAAUAAGCCAGCUACAUUUCCAACCCAUUAGUGAGAAUGCCUGGCUAAAGAGAAGCAGCUCUGAUCCCUUAUUGGCUCAACAGGAUGAGGAUGAAGCUGAGAAGAAAGACGUUAGCUUCAGUGAAGCUCUUACAUCUGCUGCAGAGAAUCCAUCUGCAAACACAACAGAUGCUGAGCUGAGCUCUCAUGAAGAGACCAACACCAAUGAAAUUAUCGAUCGGAUGUUCGACGAGGUGCUGGAAUAUGCUGGAAGGAUGGAGGAAGAGAGGAGGAAUGAUGACGAUCCUGAGUAUGGUGACAGUGGCAUUGGUGUUUGCUCUGGAGACAAAGAUAAAAUGGACACAGAGUCUAAGAAGGAGAAAAGCAAAGAGGAGGGAGAGGCCAAAGAAGAGUGGGAUGAGAGCAAGGAGCUUGAAGGCAAUGGAGAUGAGUUGCUCACUUUCCCUCCCAGUGGCAUCCUCUCUCCUCUCAGCAAGUCGGUGGAGACUUGGGUUACCCCUCUGCGGCUGGCAACAAGCCUGGAAUCAAAUCCUCCCUCUCUGCUCCUGACGCCAGAGGAGACCCUCUCCCCUGCAGUUGACUCUGUUCCUCUGUACAGUAUUGAUGCCUACCGUACACAAAGGCAGAACAAGUUGCCCCCCAUUCAGAGCGUCACUCCCGGGGUUCAGAGACAAGCUCCAGAGAAGUCACAGCCUCAACAUUCUGUCAACACCAAGGAGAGAAUCACGGCUCUUAAUGAGGAAGCAGGCAAACUGCAGAGUGUGAUCAGUCAGACCCUGCAGGCUCUGAGCUGCUGUACUGAUGAGGAGCAUGGACGAGGCUCGCUGGAGGAGGCUGAAGCUGAAAAACUACUGCUGGUGUCCUGUGAGAAACGCUCUGCCCUGCUGGCAGAAGUGUCUAGACUGAGGGAGGAGAGGAACUCAGAAACUGGAGGGGCAUCAGGGGAGGACAAGGAAUAUGUUCCCCAGCAGCCCUGUAGAGGCACUGUCAGCAUCACGAACAUCCAGCUGCCGCUUAAGUUUGAAUUUGUCUGCUCCUCACAAAGCCGCACAGGAAGACCAAGUCACUACUUUUUCAUCCUGAUCCGCUACGGGCCCUGCAACAUCAUCGCUACUUCCCUGGCCACAGCUGCUGACGCUCAGAAUGGAGACACCAUCUCCUUCCCCACCUCAGUGACACUGAAGGACAUUCGCUCAUCAUUUGAGAUUGAUGUAGAAGUCUAUAGUCUGUCCCACACUUCAGGUAGCAGCUGCAGCGUUGACCGGACCACCACCAAGUCACGGGUUACACCUAGAAAGCUUUUGAACACUAUCAAAAGAUCCAGUAACACUCUGACAUCUGCUGCUAUGCCUGCUCUCAACUCUCGUCGCUCCAGUAACUUUUGUCUUGUGGGCUCCCACAAGAUCACCUUGGCCUCACUGGGACACAGCAAGUUCCCUCUGGAUAAGAUGAAACUUGAUGGCAAAAUCAGGAGACUGCUGGGAGAUGAAUUUCAGGAAAAGGUGCCUUUUCUCUCUCCUCUAGAGGGCAACAUCUACCUAAGACUGGACAGCCAGAGUCACUCCAAUGUGCAGCACCAAGGCUUCCUGACAAUGUUUGAGUUGGUCGGUGGAUAUGGUGUGUGGCAUCGCAGAUAUUUUGUCCUGGAGGGAUACAGCAUGCAGUACUGGAACCAUCCUAAUGACAGAGAAACCAAGCAGGCAGGGGGCAGCAUCUCUCUGUCCAGCUCUCCCAGUCAGUGUGUCAGGCCUGUCAAUAGGGACUCGUGUGCUCGACCUUUCACCUUCGAGCUAGUGAGCAACAAUCCACAUCAGCAGCAGGAUGACAGCCAGGAGGCAUUGGCCAAGUGUUGGUUUUCAGCCGACACCAAACAGGAGAGAUCGGACUGGAUGGAGAAACUCAACCAAGUUCUUUUGGACGUUCACACGUGGAACCGAGCAUCAGCGACCCAAACAGAAAGUCAGCAGUCAAACACGAGCAGUGGGAACUUGAGGGAGAGCAUACUGUAACUACAUCGCUAUGUGCUCCGAUGCAGUAGGGAUGAGUUGUGUCUGUCUGGGAUGCAUGGGGGCAUGUAGGGCUGGUAGAUUAUUAAUGUCAGUGCAGCAGGAGAUGAGCUUAGCCUCUGUUUCACUGAUUUAAAUCAAACAGCCAAAUUCUAAACCGGUAACAUGUGAUGUGUUUUUGGGAGAUUCUUCUGUUUAAGUUUCUGUUUAUUUCUUUUUAUCUCAAUCAUUUACUGUUGGGUUAGGGUUAGGGUUUCAUUUUUAUUUGCCAAGUUACAUUUGUCAUUUAAAUCUUUUUAGUUUCUCUCUUUACUUUACGUUAUGUUUUUACUUUUCUUCUAUGGCAAUCAGCUGCUUUAGCCUUCAUUGGCCCUGUUAUAUUGUCACUUUGAGUAGCUAAGAUGAAAGUCCUCUUGUAGCUUAUAUAUUUUUGAAAUGAUGAAAGUAAUAUUUUACCUCUGUAUCAUUUAAACUGGAAUGAUAGACACAUUUAUUUAGACACUAAUGAAUAUUGAAGGAGAAAAUAAAUCUUUAAAUCUACUAAACUGAUUUAGGAUGAGAAUGUAGCUGAAAUGGCAGGGAACUAUUGAAGGAGUGUUGGAAUGGGAGCUUCUGUUAGUCGUUUAGGGACAGUUGCUAUUUCUGUUUAGUGAAAUAAUAGGGUUUUGAUCAGGGGCUCUAAAUUGAAGAUAACGUGGGCUUAUGUUCCACUGAACCAAUCAAUAUUUGACUGUUUAUAACUCGAUUUCGAGUGUCAAUCUAUUCCUAUUGUCGGCACAAAGUGUCACUGGUGUCUUGGGGUUGUACUUUCUACUCAGUGCCCGUAAGAGUUCGCUCAUAUUCUUGAGUACAUGAUUUGUGUCACUGCCAAUUAAAGCUGUAUAUUUACAUCUGUAGACUUGUGUUAUAUACGUAAUACACCAGAUGAAGAGACGGGGUAAAAGAGGGGACUAUGGUGAUGCUGCUGCAAUGUAUGUGGUCUGUUCUGUCUGAUGUCCUGUUCUUUUCCAUGUAUUUCAACUGAUCAGUCUGUCACUUUGUUAUAAAUGUUAUUCAUGUCAACUCUUAUAUGCACUUAAUGGAAGGUACAAAUAAAAUGAAUGGAAUUC